CCCGCGCGGGGCCGGCGGGGUGGGCGGGAGUGGUGCUUCCCAGGCUCUCCCUUUAAGAGGCAGCCCGCGGUGACGAAUUGUUGCAAUUGCCAUGGCAGGAUGGCAUUCCGCUAUAAAGGCAUUGUUCCACCUCCGCCCCUCGCCACAGCGCGCUGCCUCUGCCUCUGCCUCCGCCGCCGGCUGCGGGCACGCACCCAGGAGGGGCAAACACAUGAGCGGGAGGGAGGGCGGCCGGGGGGAGAGAGGCAGCCCGGCCGGGUCGCGGUUCUCUAGCUCGCUUGCUGCACGCUCCGCUCUCGCCGCGGCUUCUGCCCCCGCCUCGCGGCUCGGGACCCCCUCGGCGGACACGCGGGACCAGCCGGGCGAGGGGAGCAGGUCCCGGCCCGGCCCCUCCGCUGCCUCUCCCCGCCCGCCUGCCCCGCGGGGCUGAGGAGCCUCCGGACGACCCGCGCCGGGACCAGUACCGGGACCGCCGCCUCCCCGCUGCCGCCUGCCGCCGCCGCCCGGGACCGCGGCCGCUCGCCGCCCACGUGUUGCUACCGGCGCGCCCGCCUCUGUGUGUGUGUGUGUGUGUGUGUACCUGUAUGUGUACCUGGGUGUGAGUGUACCUCUGUGUGUGUGUAUACCUGUGUGUACCUCUGUGUGUGUGUGUGUGUGUGUGUGUGUGUACCUGGGUGUGAGUGUACCUGUGUGCGUGUACUUGUGUGUGAGUGUACCUCUGUGUGCGUGCAUAACUGUGUGCGAGUGCCUGUGUGUGUGUGUACCUGUGAGUAUACCUCUCUGUGGUUGUGGGUGCCUGUGAGUCUGCCUGUGUGUGUACCUGUGUGCGUGUGGCUGUGUGAGCGCCUGUCUGUGUGCGUGUGUGUAUACCUGUGCGUGUAUCUGUGCGCGCGCGCGUGCCGGUGUCCGUGCCUGUGAGUUUGGGGGUGUCUGGCCGUGUGAGAGUGUGCCUGUGUGAGUGUGUGCGAGCGUGCGUGUGCGCCCCGCUGUCCCCCGGCGGGCGGGCCGGGACGCGCAGAGGCGGAGCGAUGCCGGUGCCGGUGCCGGUGCCGCUGGUGCUGGCGCUGGCGCUGGCGCUCCCCUUGCACUUGAGCGCGGCGCAGCCCGGCCCCGGCGCGGCACCUGCCAGUGCCUAUGAUAAAGGCGGGCCGGGCGCGGGGUCGGCCCCCGGCUCCCAGCGGCGCAGCGGCGGGGUACGGGGCAUCCAGCGGCUGUAUGCGGGGGGCGGGCGCGCGGGCUACAGCCUGCAGGCGGCCGGGCGGCGCUUCCUGCUGGACCUGGAGCGGGACGAGGCGCCGGGGCCGCGGGCGCGCUGCUCCUACCGCGGCACUGUGGACCGCAACCCCCGCUCCCUGGCCGUCUUCGACGUGUGCGGGGGCUUGGCCGGCUACUUCGCCGUGGGGCACGCCCGCUACACCGUGAAGCCCCUGCUGGGGGUGCGGGGCACAGGGCGGCAGCGCCCCUACUCGCCCGGGGCCACCCAGGUCCCGCACCUCUUCGUCAGGGACCGCUUCAGCUUCCAGGCGCUGCCCGCUCGCCCCAGCUGCGAGACCCAUGACCCCCCGCCGCAGGGGCAGAGGCAGGGCAGGGAUGUGCCCGCCCCGGAGCGGGCGAGGGGUGGACGGAGGCGGCGCUCUGUGUCCCGGGCGCGCCAAGUGGAGCUUCUCCUGGUGGCUGAUGACUCCAUGGCCAAGAAGUAUGGCAAGGGCCUCCAGCACUACUUGCUGACCCUGGCAACCAUCGCCUCGCGCCUCUACGGGCAUGCCAGCAUUGAGAACCACAUCCGGCUGGCGGUGGUGAAGGUGGUGGUGCUAGGUGAGAAGGACAAGGGGCUGGAGGUCACCAAGAACGCCGCCACCACACUCAAGAACUUCUGCAAGUGGCAGCACCAGCACAACCCACUGGAGGACGACCAUGACGAGCACUACGAUGCUGCCAUCCUCUUCACCAGGGAGGAUUUAUGCGGGCAUCAUUCAUGUGAUACUCUGGGAAUGGCAGACGUUGGGACCAUAUGCUCCCCUGAGCGCAGCUGUGCAGUGAUUGAAGAUGACGGCCUCCAUGCAGCUUUUACAGUGGCUCACGAAAUUGGGCACUUGCUUGGGCUUUCACAUGAUGAUUCCAAAUUCUGUGAAGAGAACUUUGGCUCCAUGGAAGAUAAGCGUUUAAUGUCCUCCAUCCUAACAGGCAUCGAUGCUUCCAAACCCUGGUCCAAAUGCACUUCAGCAACAAUAACUGAAUUUUUGGAUGAUGGCCAUGGUAACUGUUUACUGGACCAACCAAAAAAACAGAUCUUAGGCCCUGAGGAGCUUCCAGGACAAACUUAUGAUGCCAUUCGUCAGUGCAAACUGGCAUUUGGGCCUGAAUACACAGUGUGCCCUGGUAUGGAUGUAUGCUCUCGCCUGUGGUGUGCAGUCGUUCGCCAAGGUCAGAUGGUUUGUCUGACCAAAAAGUUGCCUGCUGUGGAGGGGACACCAUGUGGAAAAGGAAGGAUUUGCCUCCAUGGAAAAUGCGUUGACAAAACAAAGAAGAAAUAUUAUUCGGCUUCAAGCCAUGGUAACUGGGGAUCCUGGGGACCUUGGGGACAGUGCUCCCGUACAUGUGGUGGAGGCGUUCAAUUUGCUUAUCGUCACUGCAAUAAUCCAGCUCCUAGAAAUAGUGGACGGUACUGCACAGGAAAACGGGCCAUUUAUCGCUCCUGUAAUGUUGUAGCCUGUCCAGCAAAUGCUAAAUCUUUUCGACAAGAGCAAUGUGAAGCAAGAAACGGCUAUCAGUCUGAUGCAAAAGGUGUCAAAACAUUUGUGGAGUGGGUCCCCAAGUAUUCAGGAGUGCUUCCUGGAGAUGUUUGCAAGCUCACCUGCCGAGCCAAAGGAACAGGAUACUAUGUUGUGUUUUCUCAGAAGGUGACUGAUGGAACUGAGUGUAGACCCUACAGUAAUUCAAUCUGUGUCCGGGGGAAAUGUGUUCGAACUGGUUGUGAUGGGAUCAUCGGCUCAAAGCUCCAGUAUGAUAAGUGUGGUGUGUGUGGAGGAGACAAUUCCAGCUGCACAAAAGUCAUGGGAACCUUUACAAAAAAGAGUAAGGGAUACACAGAUAUAGUGAAAAUACCAGAGGGGGCAACUCACAUCAAAGUCCGACAAUUUAAAACUAAAGACCAGAGCAGGUUCACAGCUUACCUAGCCCUGAAAAAGAAAAAUGGUGAGUAUCUUGUCAAUGGGAAAUAUAUGAUCUCCACUUCAGAAACCAUCAUUGAUCUCAACGGAACUGUUAUGAACUAUAGUGGCUGGAGUCACAGGGAUGAUUCCUUGCAUGCAAUGGGACAUUCUGCCACGAGGGAGAUCCUUAUUGUACAAAUUCUUGCAACUGACCCAACUCAACCAGUGGAUGUGCGCUAUAGUUUCUUUGUGCCAAAGAAGCAAGUACAAAUGACUAACUCUGUCACAAGCAACAGUAACAAAGUCACUCCACAGCUCGCUCAGCCACGGUGGGUAACUGGGCCGUGGCUUUCUUGUUCUCGAACAUGCGACACAGGAUGGCACACUAGAACUGUUCAGUGCAAAGAUGGGAAUGGAAAACUCACAAAAGGAUGUCUUCUGUCUCAGAGACCAUCAGCAUUUAAACAGUGCUUGCUAAAAAAAUGUUAACCUGUGGUGAUGAUCUUGAAAAAAGAGAUCUGGUUAAGACAUUGUUGACAUACUGGUGUUAGUUCUAUCCAGGCAGAGAGAAGCCAAGGCUUCAAUAUAUUUACAUGCAGCCUCAAAUUAUGGGCAGAAUCUGCCUAUUUGGACCAAAUGAAGAUGUGCACUGCUUUAAGGGAUAGUAGAAUGAUAUUGGUAUGUCAAAGAAACUAAGCAUAAAAGUUAUAAUAAGCCCUCUGUGUCUGCAAAAAAAGGAGAAAAAAAAAAAAACCCCGAAGAGGAAAAACUAGUGAAUGGAAGAUCCUAGGAAGGUUACAGAAUCAUCUCCCCUUUUUCACCUACCUCUAAUACUGUAUGUCCUUAGACAAUUUUGUCAUACUUACCCAUGAUACCACAGUAGCUUAUUUUAUACUGUUUGUAAAUAUCUUUCAUUUGGUAUGUCACUUUAUAUCACUUGGUUCUAUUAAAAACAAUCUUUAUAUAAGCAAAGUGAUUGACCAAAGUAUGUCUGCAGCCAUUUUUCAGAAAUGGCUGUAGAUGUUUUACUGGAAAACAAAGAGCUUGCUGCUGUUUUUAAGAUUUAAUAGAUUUUUUCUGACAAGAGGAAAUACAUUUCCAUUCUAGGAAUUUCCUGACCGCAGAACUUUAUUCUAUAAUAAACAAUGCCUUUCCACCCAGAAAUUCUCAUAGACAGAACAUCUCGGCAGCCUAUAGAGGAACAAUCGCUGCUGUUCUGCUUCUCUAUAUGAAAUAAAGACAUACUGUAUUUUGUAAAAAGUUAUAGAACCAAAAACUACAGUUUAGAUAACCAAGUGUCUUCUAACUGAGACUGUUCUCAACUGCUUUCUCUGUUAUUUUCUCUAUGGUUUCCAUCUGAAAUCUUACAAUGUGUAAUUACCUACAUCUAUAAAGGUCAAAAAACACAGCAAGCAGUUAAUAGCAUUUUAUCAGUGUUUUGUCCAUCAUGUCUAACCCUGGUAUUCCUCUUACCAGCAAAAGUUUGUCAUUAUUUGUCUUUUUUUAUGGUUUAUUUGGUUUAAAAGCUGUAGAAGUCAUUUGUGUUUUGUACACCUUGCAUAUUUGGGAGGAUUAUGAGUCGUUACAAAGUCAAACCACAUGAGGAUGUGGUGGAUAUAACUAAUAUCAGUAAGACUAUUUCCACAGAGCAGGCAGCAGUUUGUAAUGUCUUUCAGCAGUCCUUUCCAAGUGGCAUUUUUGUCUGACAAAAGACUGCCACUGAAGAACAUUUCAUGGUAGGUGAAUAGCAGCUAAAGGCACGAUAAAAAAACUAUCUCAGUCUUUUCUUUUGAAUUCUGCAAGCUUUUGUCAGACCCCAAAAUAAUAUAUUUUUUUAAAGUCUCUACAACCUGUGAUGAAAAUAGAAACCUCUAAUUUGCCCUCACAGUCUGAGAAUAUGAAAUUACAAGGGGAUUUUCAGAAGAGCCUAAGAGAAUAAAAUUCAGUGGAAUUGGGAACUGAAUUCCUUUUAGGCUCUUUCGAAAUUUCCAGUCUCAGAGACCUCAGUAAAGAAAACUGAUCUGUGUCCCUAUCACAGAAGGAAAAUUUCAUUUCAGACCGGCACAGACAUGCUUCAGUGACUAUGAACACUGGAAGCAUGGGAUCAUUUCAAAAUAGCUGAGAAUUGCUAUACCUACAGAGAUGAACCUUGGAGAAUCACCUAUUGUUGUAGAAUAUUUUAAACAGGGGGUGUUUAUCUGUGACAGCGGAAAGCAAGGGUAGGCCAGAAGGAAUGAAUCUGAGUGACUGAGGCUGGCAAGAACAUUAUGGCCUGAUUUCUACAAGUAGUCCUGAGCAACAAGGGUGGAUAUUAAAGAAUCCCCAAUGUUCAUUAUUGGCCCAUCUCUAAAAUAAUACGGUCUCCACCCCAGGCUCUAAAGAAUUGCAAAUUUGUAGAAUCCACUUCAGAACUGUCUAUCUCUCCCCUAGCCAUUAAAACAAAGACUGCAUUUACAUGGUAGCUUUAUGCUUCAGGGUGGCACCCUCAACCACACUUCUCUGGGUGAACAAUUUCCUAAACUCCAAGCAAUACAGGCAUGUCACAAGCUGGUCAAUUAGCUGAGAGUUAAUUAGCAUUAUUGUUCAGUUGUGGUUAUUAGCUUGCUUUAUGUACCACACAGAGACACACCAUGGCUUUCAGUUUAGAAGGCAGCCCAGCCAGAGCAGCACAGUGUGCUUGAGAAUGCUGCUAUGGAGCUUGACAAGUUUACCCAACUCAGCCUAAGUACAGCUGACUGUCCUUUUAAAUUAUACUGUUUGAAUGCUUCAGUGGAUGCAUUACUGAAUUAUUAAAAGGUUCUUAAUAGAGAACCUUCAUUAGGGAGAAAGCAAUCACCAUGUAACAUGGAUCACAGCAUGCACUUGCCAUAUAAAAUACUUUUUGUUUCUUUCCCAUUUUAUAAUUCUGGAGCUAGAAUGUGCAAGGAUUUUUGAGUCAUAAUAAUCUAUUAAAGUAUUAAAUAGGGAUGAGUAAAUAAUGUUGGACGUUAUUCAAAUAAAAUCACACAGGCUCUACAGUUAAACUAUUUUUGUUUAAAAUUAUCUUGUUCCUAGAAAGAGUUUAUGUGUAAAAAAAUCUGUAUGAAAACAAACCACUAUAGUGAAUCAUCCAUCUUUUUAACUAAAAUUAAUUUUCCUAGCCUAUGUAGUACCUUAUAGUCAAAUAUUUGAAAACUGGUUACAGAGCAUGAAAUGCAGGAAACACUAUUACCACACCUUCACACUGGAGUUCUAGACUUGACUCCCGUCUGAUUGUAGAAAAAUGUAAAGGCAACAAAAGACAAUACCUUACAGUGUAACUGAUUCAACAUCAACUGAUUUUAAUGGGCCUUGAUUCAAUCUCAGGGUACCAGGAUUUGUUUUUGUGGGAAGUACCCUGUCUCUCUCACUCUGCAUACAUCAUGGAGUUACAUGCAAGAUGAAUUUAGUGUUAUACCAAAGGUGAAGGUUGUCCCUCACUGAGAAGCUGCCCAUCAUAGUAACAGUCAUAUGCUAGGUGAAGCUUGUGAAGGAAACAUGGUAACUCAGGCACAGGAGAAGGAUACAGAGUAGGGAAGAACAAUCGAAAUCUGAGCUGAGCUUAUGGUGAUGUGAAUUUUGGUGUAAGUUACAGAGCAGGAGUAAAAUGGACAGACUUGUAAGUAAUAAAGCAGCAUAAAUUGUAUGAAUUUAGCGCUGAGCGUGCAAAAAAGUGUAACAUAGACUGAAAGGGGCAGAGUUGCAAAAGGAGCAAUUUUUUAAUUUUUAAAAAUAAAAAUAUUUUUAUUCCUAUUCUGAUCAUCUACAUCCUCACACAUAAUAUGACAUCACUGUUUAUAUCACUCCUGAGUUUUGCCCAAAAGGCUUCAGAAAUUGAUUUAAGCCAAUGCAAAGCCAAAUUUAAAAGCCAAAAGCAAUGUGUUCUGUAGAGAAAUAAUUCAUACUUACUGUAUCCAGUGCUAAAUUCACAACUAAUAUAAGGGGAUACAACUCCACUACUUUCCAUGGAUAUAAGCCCACUAACAUCAAUGCUUUUUAUGUGUCUUCCUCUAAACUAACUUAUCACAUGCUUAGAUUAGUCAUCCUCUUUAUGACAAAGGUUUUCAAGUCAGGUUUGAUGGUGUUUAAGAAAUUUAAUUUAGUUGCCUUCCUGUGGAAACAGUUUUAUCCCAUGGGGGAGGGGAAAGAACUUUGUGGAUCAAUCACAAAUGUAAAAAAGCAACACAGCACUGAAAAAAAAAAUAAUUUAUUGUUUUUACAACUGGUAUGUGAAUGGAUGUAAUGAAUUUAUUUAUUCUUAUUUAACAAAAAUACCAAUUGUGCAAAUUCUAUAUUUAAAGUAUGUUGCUAUCGUCUCUCUUUCUUUUUUAAUUUAUGCUUCAUGUUUGUGUUAAAAGUACACCUUGUGAGUUUACAUAAUGUACAGCACUGGUUGCUUAUGUAUGUUUUUCAGAAAGCUUUCUGCAUGAAAUAGGGGUAUAUGUCUGUAUACACCUAUGCUCACAUACUGUAUAUUCACUUUCUGCUACAAGCUUUUUCUAAGAAAAAUUGUGAAUUUUUAGUUUUUGUGAUUUAGGCUCAAAACUUCUUGUUCUACUUUUUUUUGAAAACCUCAUGACAACCAAAUCAUAGAGUUCCACUGACCUAAAACACAUUAAGUCCUAAAAAAAUAAGUGCCAGAUUCUCAUUUCAGAUACAUGCCUACAGAUUCAAUUCAUCAUUCAGAUUUUGCCAUUCACUUAAAUGGGAGCAGGAUCAGGCCUGUAAGGUGCCUAUUUGUAUGUGCAUGUGCUUCCUAAAGUGAACUGUCUGAACUACCAUAUUCAGGGUAUAUGAGGAAGAAAUCUUUAAUCUUGCCUGUAAAAAGGACCAAAAUAACAUAUGCUUUUUAUUUUUAGUGAUUGCACUGUAAAAAUAUGCUACUAGUAACAUGACACUGUUCCCAUUUUUCUAUACAAUGAAGUUUGCUAUAUUUUAGUCUCAUUAUAUUCCAGAACUAUGUACCUGGUAAGAUAUGGUAAGACACACAAAAAAAGUAAUCCAGAUUUGUACUGAUCCCACAACAUGCCUUUGGAAAGCACCAUGGGUCUUUGUUGUUUCCAUUAUUUGUCAGAUCUAGGGCCUAUUAAUGGGAGGUGUAUUAGACCCUAUAAGAAGUUAUUUGCAGUAUAAACAAACCUACAACUGCCUUAUAAUCAUCUAUUUUUAUGAUGCAAAAUGCCACUCUGAUUACUUUAGCCUAAUCUUAAGCAAAUAAUUUGGUCCAAAUCAUUCAGGUGUCUGUCAUUUGGAAUGUGUGUACAAUUCUCCAUCAGUGACAACCAGAUUCAAAACCUACUGAAGUCAACGGAAAGCCUUCCCUUUUGAUUUCAUUGGGCUGUGGAUCAGGUAUGACUGAGCUGUGAGCAACACGGUUAAUUGUAAUGCCCUGCUCAACAUUGUGUUUAGGUGAGUGAUUCUCCCCUGAUUUUACCAAGCGUCAAUAAGACAAACAAUGGGUUGUCAUCUAUUAGUGAGGAACAAGGAGUAUUCUGCAAUGCUGAAAUAGCCAAAAUCUGAUAUUUUACAUCAGGACUGCAAUUUGUAACCAAAGCAGGGUUUGGGGGGGGGGGGGGGCAGUUGGUUAGGGCUUUUAUUUUUGUUUUUGUUUUGUUUUGUUUUGUUUUGUUGGCACAUCUCUGAGAUAGUGCACAGUUUCCACUGAGUUGUCACCGUAUGUCUCUGCAUUAAUACUUGUUACUAACAGUAAACUCAGGAGGGUUUUGUUUGUUACCAUCCCUAUGAACAUGCAGAAUAUUGGCUGGUUAUUGAAUUUGACUCUACAAAUCAAUAUCAUUACAAAUACCCGCUGAUGUUUAUUCUUGUCAGUUCUAUUUACUGUUCCUUAAGUAUUUCUGGUUUUUUGUUUGUUUGCUUGCUUGUUUUGUGUGCGUGUUUGCUAACAUGUACAGCUGCAGAGAUACUUAGCAUGGGAAAAAUGUCAGUGACAGAUCCUCAGCUGGAGUAACCAGCAUAGAUUCAAGAUCCAGCCUCCAGCCCAUUUUAUUCCAAAUGCAAGUUUGUGGGGAUGGCAACCAAACUGUGAAAGAACCCAACUAGAAUCUCAGUCUUCUGAGUGAAUGAAAUGAAAAGUCAUUUUCUGCUACUCUAUAUUUCCUGAACAUCUUCAUAGAUUCUUUGUCCUGCCUCUUUAGCUACUGUAGUUACAUGUCAAAAGCAAAAGUUACACAGCUGUUUCAUCUUAAAGUUGUUGUUAGAUAUUUACAGUAGCUGUCAGGAUAUUUAAAACACUUCUGUGUAUAGCAACUGAAAUGUCAUGUAGUCAAAACUGAACAACUAGAUAUGUGUAUGAAUAUGUACAGAUUAACUAUGCCUAUAUAGAAAUAUAUAUUGUAUAUGUGGAUGGGUAUAGGAUAUAUGGGUCUCCCUUAUUUUUCACACAGAAUCAAAUUCUGACUUCAGUUACAUUAGUGUAAAUCCGGAGUGACUUCAUUAAAUGAUUCGAUCUUAUUGGAACUGUUCCAGAUUUAUAACACUGUAACUGAGAGCAGAAUCUGUCCCAAUGCCUAAUAAAUGGUUUGCACAAUUCAUCACAUAAAAUGUGAUGUAGUAUUAUGUAGUAUUCAGUGAACACUGUUCAUCAUAUGAAAUGUUACUCAGUGAAACUCAUAGAAAUAGAUAUUGCUAAUAUCUCAUCAGACACAGAAAAUAAUAUCCUGAAUUCAAAUGUUUUUGGGCAGUGCUAUAAAUAAUCUGUUUCUGUUCUAUUGCAAGGUCACUUAACAUAAAGUAAAACAGGUAAAACAGAAACAAGAGAGGUAUUGUAGGGAAGACUGGGGGAAGUACAAAAUUAUUUUGCUUAGUUUAUAUCACAAACCUGUUAAUUUACUGCAACAGUGGCCUGCCUAUUCUUUAAAAUAUUACAUCUUGCAUUAUAGUUAACUCAGUUGAAAUACGAGUACCCUUUGGGAAACUAAGGCGUGUCACUAAAAUUUACUUUUGUUCUGAUAAAUGCCUAAACAAAGAGGAUUCAUCUCUUAGAUCACUAUGUCAGUCUGUUUACACAAUCAAAUAAUUCAUUAAACUAAAUAUAAAUCCAUUUGAACUGCAUUGUACAAGAUCUAUACUGUACUGUGACACAUUAAAGGCCAAUGCUUUGUUUUGUAAACUCUUACAUAUGUAUAAUUUACCAGCUGUAAUCUUAAAUACUUGAGUAUGUGGUUUCAAUGAAAGUAAUAAAUACAAACUGUACCACAGA